GGAGCUGUACUUGGACCUGCUGUCCCAGCCAUCUACAUCUUUGCCAAGAAGAACCGCAUUCCUUUCGAGAUGCGCACAGUGGAGCUGCUCAGAGGCCAACACCUCAGCGAUGCCUUUGCCCAGGUGAACCCCCUGAAGAAGGUGCCUGCUUUGAAAGAUGGGGACUUCACCUUGGCUGAGAGUGUGGCCAUCCUGCUCUACCUGACCCGCAAGUAUAAAGUCGCUGACCAUUGGUACCCCCAGGAUCUACGGGCCUGCGCCCGUGUGGAUGAGUACCUGGCAUGGCAGCAUACGACCCUGCGGAGAAGCUGUCUCCGGGCCCUGUGGCAUAAGGUGAUGUUCCCUGUUUUCCUGGGUGAGCCAGUAUCUCCUGAGAUGCUGGCGACCACCCUUGCUGAGUUGGAUGUGACCCUGCAAUUGCUUGAGGACAAGUUCCUCCAGAACAAGGCCUUUCUCAUUGGGCCCCAUGUCUCCCUGGCUGACCUGGUAGCCAUCACAGAGCUGAUGCAUCCUGUGGGUGCUGGCUGCCAAGUCUUUGAAGGUAGACCCAAGCUGGCUGCAUGGUGCCGGCGUGUGGAGGCAGCAGUGGGAGAGGAUCUCUUCCGGGAGGCCCAUGAGGUCAUCCUGAAGGCCAAGGACUCUCCACCUGCAGACCCCACCAUAAAGCAGAAGCUGAUGCCUGCGGUGCUGGCCAUGAUCCGGUGAGCCAGGAAGCCUUGUACCUGCUCUGCCCAGGAUAGUUCGCAAAGCAUCUUCAUUUCCAAUCUCCCAUGCGAGGUUGGCUCAGAGGGCAGGAGUGACUUGCCUGAGUCCCACUGCACCUCUGCUCCCCAGGUUAGAUCCCUACACCCACACCAUCUUCCACAGCGGCCUGAAAGCCACAAUGAGAAUGGAACACCCAGAUCUUAUCUCCUUUAAUCACUGCAUUUCAUUUUCAGUUUAGGAAAUAAACCUGGGCUCAGCCUGAGCCUGUGCUUCUAA